AGAGAAAUUUUACUAGUGAUUAUUAAAUUGUUUAACAAUGCCUCGUGAAGAUUUGAAGUCAUGUCAAAUACUGUGAAGCUGGAUAAUGCUAGUUCGAAUCCUAUAGGAAGCAUCAGUUCUCUCAAGACUACAAAUAAGUAUUACAUUAGACUACAUAUUUAGCUUAGAUAUUUGAAUAGUAUCAUUUUCAUUUGAAAAAUAUAAUUGUCUUAUCACUUAUAAACGUUAUAUUUUGUAAAAUAAAUAAAAGUUUUGGUAAUUGACAAUAGAACUAUAAACCAUGUCAUAUACAUACGUAUCUUCAUGCCAUUGAUAAAAUUUAGAAACGAUUGUCCAAUUCACAAAUGAGUUAGCAAACCUCGUUAAUCAUUGAUAAACUUAUUAUUCACUAGAUAGACUUUUAAACUUUCAUAAACCUAUUGGAAUAGUCCAAAAGUUACAAUACCGAACGAUACUAACACAAAAAUGCGUUAAAAUAUUUGUUUUGUUUUGUUUUGACUAUGAAAAUCUUCUGACACUAUGAAGGUCGUUUGAUAUUUAUGUGGUUAGUUUAACCAAUCCUCCUACAGUUACAUGUUCAUCUUAACCAACGAAUUCAAUAUAUUAGUGACCUUAACAAAAAAAUCAAUCUAUCGUCUGUUGAAUUGAGUCAGCUUGACAAAUGGAUUUGGAUGCUUUUAAUCGCUCUGAGUGGGACGAUUCUCAACAUCCUCAUACAAGACAUCCGACAAUGACUUCUAAGAGAUGUCCAGAAAUACCAUCUCCUAAUUCAUCAUCAGGAAGCUCAGUGGAUUCAAGCACAGACAGAUGUACAGAAGAAAAAAUGGGAUCUAAAAUGAGUGAGUAUCCUGGACAAUCAGAAACAAAUUUUAAUCAGAUACCGGUCAGUGCACAAGAUAGUUUCUCCGACCACAGUCUGAACAAUUCAGCUGGUCCAUUUUCAAGCCAACAAGGUUAUACAAAUCCUUCUUAUGGCAAUAAUCCAUCUGCUACAUCAUAUCUACCAGGUACAACCUCAUUCAAUAUCGAUUAUGCACGUCAAAUGCAAAGUCCUUAUAUUUCUGGGAAUCCCAAUUCACAAAAUCUCCACACAAAUUAUUGCCCAACUAUACCACCAUCAGGUGGAAGUUCAUUUGGUAGCAACCCAGUGAACACGAAUCAAGGAUCUGUAUAUCCGAUGUUUAACGAUUUCCCUACUCCGAUUUCAUCUCAGUCGAAUGAGUUUUCUGUCUCUUCCAGAGUUUAUGGGUUUGCUGAAUCAGCUCCACUCGAAGAUAUAAUGAAACCAACAUUAACACCUAAAGAAAAUUUCUGUGUUGAACAUGACUGUGGGCGUUUAAUGAGUGCUCUGAAUAGAUUAAAGAUAAGAGAAAAAGAAAUCGUUGAAGUAAUGGGUCGUCGAUCUGUUGUUCAACGUAUAGCAAUUCUACAAAAAUAUAAAUCUCUGUAUAAGGACAAUUUAUUCGCCAUAUUUAAUUCUAAAUUAACUGGAUGUUUAAAAGAUUGUUUGAUUGCGUUGUGCUAUACACCAGCAGAAUUUGAUGCAAUAGAACUUCAUAGAGCAAUGAGAGGAACUGAUACUGAUGAAGAUACAAUAAUUGAAAUUCUUUGUACAAGAACAAAUGAACAAAUCAAAAGAAUUAAGAAUGUUUAUCCAAAAUUAUUCGAUGGAUGUGAUUUGGUGAAUGAUGUAAACAAUCAGAUUACUUAUCAAUUCAAACGCAUAUUCAUGACUCUAUUAAAGGCGGAUAGAGAUGAAUUUACGUUUGUAGAUAGAAAUCUUGUACAAAGAGAUGUGGAAGAAUUAUUUAAUAUAAUACAACAAAAUAUUAGAAUAGAUGAAUCAAAAUUCAUUCUUAUAUUGGCUUCAAGAUCUUAUGCUCACUUACGAGUUGUAUUCAGUGAAUAUAUACGAAUUUAUGAACAAACUAUGGAAGAUACUUUAAAGCUCAGAAUGCAUGGAAAUACACUCAGUGCUCUACUUUCUAUGGUUCGUUGUAUACAAAAUAAACCACGAUAUUUUGCAGAAAAAUUAUUAAAAGCCAUGCAAUGUGCUGAAACAGCUGAUAAAGCACUUAUACGUAUUAUUGUCAGUCGUUGUGAAAUUGAUUUGAAAAAUAUCAUGAAUGAGUUUCAUAAAACAACACGAAAAACUUUGCAUGAAUGCAUAGAUUUUAAUUGUUGGUGUUUAAGAAGCGAUCAGGUAAAUCUAUUUAUUGAUGGAACUUCAUGGAAUGAAACACCAAGUAAUUAUCGUCGGCUCUUAAUGAAGCUUAUCAAGGGAUAA